CAGCCAAAGUUCAACUAGCCAAGUCAAAAGACAUUUAAUUAAGACGCUGUGGCAGAAUGGGACCUCGCUCAGGCGCACAGCUGUGCACUCGCUGAUACUAUCCUACCCCAUCGUGAAGUGGGAUGCAGCGAAUAGUGCUCGCAGUGACAUUUGCCCUGAGCGUUUCCGAAUGGCACUCUACAACUCACAAAACACAUCCACGGAUAUCACGUCUCGUCGGUCAUGCUUCCAAGGCACUUACAACAUCAUGGACCCCGCGCUCCAUUCGUCCGCCGUACAAGAUCAUGCCACAUGCUUUCUUUCAAGAAGGACCUGUUCUCUCAGAUCUGGAUGACGGGUCUAAUCGUAGCACGCCGGUCUUGGUGGCGGCACUUCAUCCCUGCCACGAGCAUCUGGAACCUCCAUGUGUACCUAGAACAUUCCCAGAGAAGGAUCAGGGAGGAAAGGUUCCAGAAGAUUGACGGGAUUGAGGAAUGUGGCGUGGUUUGGCGCUGCGCGUGUCACCGCGCAAGAAUGUAUAAGUACGAUGAGGGGAUAGCAAGGGAGGAACCCAAAGAAUUAUAUAGGGAGACGGGAUAUCGAGUUAGGGGACGUUUGUGGGAUUGCGAGGGUCGAUUUCUUUGGCCAGUCAUUCGUUCUAUCGGUCGCUCGUUUCUUAAAACUGCAGAGGAAGCAUUUGAUGUUGGAGUCGAACAUGAAGAUGCCUUCGAGAAAGAGUCGCUUUUUCUGCCUCGCUCUUGCCUGCAUCCUCACAGGUAACAUCGCCAGCGCACAGAACGAGGACACGGGUCCGAUAUGUGGCCGCGUAUGCCAGGGGAUGCGGUAUGAGAUUGCCAGAAUUAGAGAGAGUUUGGACUGGUUAGAGGCGCAGUUGGUAUGGUGCCUGGUUUUUAUUCGUCUUUCUUUGAUGGCAAGAGGAGGCUAGGUAUAAAGGAGGAAGCGAUCCGCAUUGGGCUAUCAAGACGGAGAGGGGGUGACGUGGAUGUGGCGCUGCACCGCCACAAUCACCAUUCAAUGUCUAAUAUUUCAUCCC